AUGCCUACACCCCGGGUUCUACUGCUAGGUGGCAGUGCGAGCCUCUCACGCCUUAUAACCUUGCGUAUGGUUGCCAAAUCAUGGGAUGUUAUCAGCGUAAUUCGAGAUCCCGCUCAAAGAAGUCAAAUCCUUAGACUGGGCGACGGUCAGAAGGGCAAAGUCGAAGUUUUGAUUCAAGAUUUGGAGAAAUUGAAGGGUGCGAAAGGCGCUCGCGCCAUAAUUGAGCAGGCGAGGCCCGACAUGGUCGUAUUUGUCGCAGGAUCUAUAAAUAAUCCCUUUGCCGUGGAUCGGGACGCUUCAAGGAGCUUCAUGGAUGCAUCUACAAAUGCCGACUCUAUCGGCAAAUUCCUUUUCAUUUCUUUUCCUGCAUCGCGCAGGGCCAGAGCCCCGUGGUGGUCAGAUAAAGAAUACCGAGACUGGGUAGCAGAGAAGUCCUCAUAUCCCGAUAUAUGGCAGGCGAAGCUUGAGGCAGACGAAUACCUAGUUGCUUUAGCCAACGCACGGGCACGCCGAGGUGGUCCACCUUUUCAGGCCAUCAGCCUCCGACCUACUUGGUUAAUCAAUUCCAAGGGAACUGGCAAAGUUCAUCUGGGGAAAUCGAAGGCGGUAGGACAAGUAUCGCGCGAGGAUGUUGCAGCUGUGGCGUUAAGUUUGCUGUCGAGGGAUGAUACUAGUGGAUGGUUCGAUCUUUUCCAGGGUGAUGUCGAUAUUGAAGAAGCAGUUAGCUCGGUUAUAAGGGGUCACAUCAACUGCAUCGAUGGCGAGGAUGUUGAGCGAAUAUAUAAGCUUGUAUUGUAA